AUGAACAAACUCGUUCAAGAAGUCGCUCGCCAAACUCAAUUGAACGCAGCCGAGGUGAAGGAAGUGAUUUCACGGGUCUACGGAGAUUUCAACAAACUGCGCCAAGACCGAAAAGCCAUGCAGGACGCCUAUGUAACGUGCACAUCAUCGGACCUAUUUGCAAACUAUGGAUGCUACAAAUAUCUCGAGUAUAACCAGCAGCACGAUAAAUCCACAUAUGCAUAUCGUUUCGACUACACUAGUCGAAACAUCUGGGGAUGGCUAGCUGUGAUGGUGCCUUAUUUGACUGGAACGCACUGUUCGGAGAUCAUCUAUCUGUUUGACUGCAACUAUUUCUCUGCGCCACUGCCGAUGACGAAAAAGGAUCGAAAGAUCAGCAAAAUGAUCAGCAGCAGUUUCAUGCAGUUUGUGAAGACCGGUAGCCCUAACGCCUCACACCUACCUUUCAAAUGGGAGCCUGUGACAAACGCAGACGAAAUACGUUCACUGGCCAUCAGUGACAAGCCAGUCAUGACCGGCGAGAUUUUUGACAACCGCAUCCAACGAAUCGAAGAGUGCCUGAAAGAGAUCCUUCCUCGACGAUCUCGAGAGCAGUCGUCUUACUGUCUCAUGGAGAUGCCAUGA